AUGAAUGAACCACCGUCUGAACCAGAAGACACUGAUAUAUCAAAACUUCAAGAUCAACUGAAAAUUGAAAAAAUUUCGAAGAAAGCUGAGAUUGAAAAAAUUCAAAAUGAACUCGAAGCUGAACUUCGUGAAACGGAACAAAAAUGGAUGGAAAAAGUUAGAAAAGUUGCUGAGGAACGAGAUAUUGUGAUUAGGAAAAUGGAUGAAUUUGAGGAGAAAAUAGAGAAUAUGAAAAGACAAGUUCAUCGAAGUGAAACAUAUAAACUUGAAUUGGAUGAGGCAAAUAAGCGGCUGAAAAUGCAAUAUGAAACACUUUAUAAUGAUUAUCAAGAAACAAUGCAAGAAAGAAGUGUAGUUCUCGAGGAAAAUUCGAGACUAAUUGAAGAAAAAGAGAGACUUUAUAAACAAUUGGAACAUUUAAAACUUGGAGAAAAUGAGGAACUUUUGGGACUUCGAAAAAAAUUGGAACACACAAAAAAGUUGCUGCAAGUGAAUAUGGAGGAAACUGUUAGUGCGAAUGCGAAAAAAGAAGCGGCAUUGGCGAAAUGUAGAGAAGUUGAGAAUUUUGGAACAAAGUUAUUGGAAGAACGAGAUGAAGCAUUGAGAAAAGCACAACAAUAUUGUGGAGAUUCUGUUGUUGAUAUUUGGAAUACACAUAAAGUUCAAGUUGAUUUGGUUAGUUAUCGGGCUAAAAUUUUCGGACAAAAACAACAUUUUUCUCAUAAUUUUAAUUUUUUUUCGAGAGAAACUUCCCUGAGCCGUUGAACUAUAUAUAUAUAUAUGUAUAUUCAAAACAUUCCCUAAUUUUUAAAGUUUUCAAAACUGAUAACGCUGAAAAAGAGCACUUAACUCUACAGUAACCCAGAACCUAUUUUUAAAAAAUUGAAGAUCAGAAAGUCCCCAACAUCUACAGUACCCCUAGACUUAUUUUUGUUGGUAUUUAUCAUAGAAUAAGAUCAACAAAUUGAGCCACAUAAUUUGUAUUUAUAUUAUGUUUGAAACGUACAAUUUUCAGCCUUUCCCCAAACCAAAUCUUGGAAUUGUUCUUGGCGGUGGUCGAACAGAUGAUUCAACAACAGUUCAUGGUCCAAUUUAUGUCAAAUAUAUUGGACAUGGUUCACCAUUUGAAAAUGUUCUCAAAAAACUUGAUCAUAUUGUAAUGGUAAAUGAUAUAUCAGUUAUUGAAAUGGAUGAAAGAAGUGUUAUUAGUAUGUUAUCAAAUUGUCAUCAUAUUCAUUUAGUUAUUCGAAGAAGAGCUAAUUGUAAUCGAAUUGUUGAUAUAACACUUCCUUUAAGUUAUGAUGUUGGUUUGGAAUUGGCUAAUGGUGUUUUUAUAAAUUCUGUUGAACCAAAUGGAACUGCUUCAAGGAGUGGAUUAGUACCCGGACAACGGGUUGUUCACGUUAUGCAUACACCAGUUUAUGAUGCUAAACAUGCUGAACUUUUGAUAAAGAGUAAGAUUUUUCAAUUUCCGAUAUUCAAAUGUAAAAUUAACGAUUUCAGAUGCCCGAGAACCACUUGUAAUUGGAUUAUUACAACCAGUCAAGCGUGGUGAUCAAUCAAACAAAGAUAAACCGCGACCUAAAAUGUUCUCUAGGUGGUUCGGAAAAUCAAACGGAGAAAAGGAGCGAAAUGUGGUAGCCAAAGCUAAUAUCGAUAAUGAUGCCUCUUUGCUGCUUAGACAAGGUUCAUUAAGAGUUCCACAAACUUCAAGUGCAACUCUUUCACCAUUAAUUAGAUAUGGCUCGUUGAGAGCGCCAGCUUAUGAUCCGAGCAAAUCGAUUUAUGCAAAAUCGGAGAUUUGUUCAACGACUGGGGGAGGAGCCAUUUUUGAAAAUAAUGUGCCGGCGUAUAUGCCAAAAAAUACGAUGAUGUUUAGCACACCGACAUCCCCUGUUGCGUAAGUUUUUUUCACAGUUUUGGGAUCGAGAGAAGGCAGAGAACUGAAACUUUUUUGAAGAAAAAUUUAUCGUUGAAAAAAUUUAGACUGUAAAUGGAAACUUUGAUCGUUCUUUCUGCCACAUGCCCUGUUUUUCAUGCGCAAAAAUUGUAGAUCUGGAGUAGAAAAACUCAAUUAUUUCCAGCCGCUUCAUCCGUCAAAACACAGACACCCGAAGUUAUGCUUCAAGCUCUCCGGCUUCUGAAAUCACAGCCACUACACGACCAUUCUCAAUGCAUUUCACACCAACAUCUUCAACAAUAAUGGAGACAAAGGUGCCAAAUGAGAGAACAUCAGUGUAUAGUCCGAAAAAUUGUGAUUAUUCAAUGUCUUCAAUAAUGUCAUCAAAUAAUUCGAUACGAUUACCAUCCACAAGUUUUUCAUACACUAAUAAUUGUGAGUUUUGAAACUCCCAGCAUUGGGAAUACAAAUUAGAAAAAUUCAAUAUUUUCAGCCAUAAAUUCGCUGCCUGGAAUUGCUCGUCAUUGCGUGAGCAAAGAUGGAAGCGAAUUUUCAAUUUCUAGUGCUAUCGAAAGAUCUAAAAGAUUGCGAACAACUAAUGAUGUUCUUCGAUCUUCUCAAGCUAGAUUAAUCGAAGUUCCAAGAGGCGAUGUUCGAUUAUGUGGUGGGAAUGCGAUCGGAAUUCUUGCGGAAAAAUCGAUAGGUGGAGAUUUAUUAGAAGGUGAUUUGAUCCUAGAGAUUGAUGGAAAUUGUGUGAGAAAUACAACACUGGAAUGUGCUGUGAAUACUUUAUGGGCUGAUGAUGAUGAAUUAACAAGAGUUUUGAUACAAGAUGGAGGAGAUCGAUUGAACCGUCUUAGACUAGGAGCUGAUGGCGAUAGUUUUUUCCUCCGAGUUAAUAUUGAUCGAAGUGUUGAGCAUAAAGAUGAACUCGAAUUAAAAGCUGGUGAUGUUGUGUUUGUCGAUAAAACUUUAUAUCUUGGAAAGAAAGGAAGAUGGAGAGCAUGGAAAGUUGAUAAAGAAGGAAGACAGCGGGAACAUGGAGCUAUUCCAUCUUCAACAACAAUUGCUCAGAGUAUACGAUCAAAUCGGUGUUCGAACCCUUUUCCGAAAAAAGCUUAUGAAUGGGUUGAAAAAUUGGAUACUAAAAUAAGAAGACCAGUUCUUGUAUUUGGUGCAUUGGUUGAUCCAUUCAUCCAACUUUUAGUUGAUGAAUCAGAAAAGUUCUCACAAAUUCCGAGAGAAUCACUGAAUGCAACUUUUGAAGAGGUUUCCGAUCUUUUACGUGAUUUAGUAUUAAUUGAUUCACAACAAAACGAGGAAGUUUACGAUUUAUAUCAUGUUAUAUCAACAGCUCGUGUUAUUGAUUAUACCAAUCAGGGUUUACACUGUGUUCUGCAAGUUGAUCAAGCUGCGGUUGACCGAUUGAAAAAAUGUCGAAUAUUUCCGAUUAUUGUGAAAUUGAGAUUCAAAAGUGUGAAACAAUUGAAAGAUAUUAAUGAACAUAUUUGUGGAGAAAAAUUGAGUUCGAAAGAAGCGAAACAAAUUAUUGAGAAGGAUUUGAAAGAUUUGGAUGGAGCUGUUACUUUAGUUGUGCCAAACCAUAAUAAUGUUUCGUUUAUGUUGACACACGCUGUUUUACAGGUAGGAGUUUUGAAUUUGAGCCAAGAAAUCGAGCCAAUUUCAAGACGUGGUCUGAUAAACAUGAUAUGUUGGAAAAAUUCCAAAAUUUUUUUUGCAGCUCAAAAAAAUCGUAGAAGAAGAGCAAAGAAAAACUGUUUGGGUUCAAAGGAAAAUCGAAGGAGAGUCAUAA